UUAUUUUAACCGCCCAUAAUCGACUCUCGAUUCAUUUGUAAAUUUGUUGCCUCUGCGUUGAUCAAUUUGUUUCUAUGAGAUUUUUAUCUUUCUCAUGACGAUAAUUUUUUUACUGUAAAACGCAAAACAGUGACACAUAUAAAUACAUUUGGACAUCCGGGUUUGCAAUUGUUUUCACGGUGUGUUUUUGACGGAUGAUGACUCUUGUUAAUCACCAGUGGCCGUUGGUAUCGUAAUGUGGGUACUUCGACAAGUUAUUGAUGCCUUCUGGUCGCCGGACAUUUGGUUACCUCCAAAUACCAAAUGGUCAGACUUGGAACCAAAUGAACGGGUGCAAUAUACUGAUCAUCGACAUCUGUUCUAUCCACUACCUAUGGCAAUUGUUGUACUACUAAUAAGAUAUCUUUUAGAAAAGCAUUGUUUUUCGCCAUUAGGUGUAUCUUUGGGUAUUAAGAGUAAUAAACCAAAACGAGCUCCAAAUAAUGAUAUAUUGGAGGAGACAUUUGCAAAAAAUAGCAAAUGGAAUCAUAAAGAAGUUGUAGGUCUAGCCAAGAGGCUUGAUUGGACAGAACGACAAGUAGAACGAUGGUUAAGAUUGAGACGAGUUCAAGGCAAGCCAUCGACACUUAUCAAAUUCUGCGAGAGCUGUUGGCGAUGCUUUUAUUACACAUUCUCAUUCCAUUAUGGUCUUGUAUUUUUAUGGAGUAAACCCUGGUUAUGGAAUAUAGAUUAUUGUUGGAUUGGAUACCCACAUCAGGGUGUCACAAAAGAUACAUGGUGGUACUAUAUGAUUUCAUUAUCAUUCUACUGGGCAUUAGCUGUUUCUCAAUUUUUCGAUGUCAAACGUAAAGAUUUUUGGCAAAUGUUUGUUCAUCAUAUAUGUACUAUAUGUUUAUUAUCUUUUUCAUGGAUAUGUAAUUUUCAUAGAAUUGGAACUCUUGUACUAUUAACACAUGAUUGUGGUGAUAUUUUCCUCGAGUGUGCAAAAAUGGCUAAAUAUGCCAAAUAUCAAAAACUAUGCGACUUAAUUUCAGUGGUAUUUAUUGUAGUUUGGUUGGUUACAAGAAUUGGUCUGUUCCCUUUUUGGAUCUUAUACAGUACAUCAGUCAAUGCGCCAGAAGUAGUAAAUCAAAUGUUUCCAGCUUAUUAUAUAUUUAAUGGACUACUAUUUCUUUUACUGGGUCUACAUCUUUAUUGGACUCACUUAAUUUUGAGAAUUGCAUAUCUGUCGUGGAAUUCUGGAAAAAUGGAUGGAGAUAUUCGUAGUUCUUCUAGUGACGAAAUUACUUUAGAUGAUGAUUCAAAUAUAAAAAUAGAUGAUGAUUCAAAUACCAAAACAGAUGAUGAAAUUAUUGAUUGGUUACCACCAAAUGGCUUACUUUAAAUUGUACUAUAUUUAUUUAAUCUUUGUUUUAUUGAGUUUUGUUUUGAAUCAUUUCAAAAGCACUUUAGGUAUUUAUGUAAAUAUUUUUGUGUUCCAGAAUAUUAAUCAUAUUAUUCCCUAUUUAACAUUUUAAGACAAAAAGUGUUAACUUUAUUAUGAAAACAGCUACUUAAAUGA